AUGGAUUCAAUAUUAGUAUCAAAUAUAAAUUUAAAUCAUCGUCAUUUGAGUGAUAGUUUUGAUGAACGUAUUCAACAACGACAUCAAAGUUUUGUUGUUACUGCUGAUAAUCGUUAUAUAAUAUCAACUGGUUAUUGGGAUAAAAGUUUUCGUGUACAAAAUACUGAUAUAGCUAAAAUUACACAAGUACUCUAUGGUCAUUUUGAUAUUGUUACAUGUGUAUGUCGUUCGGAAGUAACUAUUGCUGGAAAUUGUUUUCUUGCAACUGGUUCACGUGAUUGUACAGUCUGUAUUUGGAUAUGGAAUGGUACAAAAGGUGCAAUAGUUGAUCGUGAAUAUCCAAAUCAAGGUUAUAAUUAA